AUGGGGAUCCCGUGCAACCUAGAAAAUACGGCACGUAGUUUAUUAACCAGCGCAACUGCUUUAUGGGGCAAAACAAUGGAACUACCCAUAAGACCUAUAAACGGAAAAAUCACUUCAAUAAUCGACGCCGUCAUGAUCGAUCAGCUGGUUCAGAUAAGAGCACCCAUGUUCACGAACUUUGCUAUUAUCAAAGAUUGA